AUGACCUCGUUAUUGGCCGCCAAAAGAAACCCCAUUUGCAUUUACAUAUGCUAGAAGCCCGACCCACUUAGCAUCACAAAGAAAUCGCCCAUUCAUAAAUGAGAUUCAUUCACAGAAAAUACAGGAGCAUCUCGAUGAACCCUCAACGGAGAUGGCGCUGUUCCAGAGCUUUAACCAGUUGACUUGGCACAUUUUGCACCAGUGGGAAACUUGCUUUCCGAGCUUAAACAUGGCACUGGGAUUGGUGAUCCUGCUAGCAGUCCUCCUGGUCACCGCCUAUGUGGCCCUGCAGUAUCAUUACUCCUACUGGCGGCGAGUGGGUGUCCGUGAGAUCAAGCCCCAAUGGAUAGUGGGCAACCUGAUGGGACUGCUCAACAUGCAGAAGAGUCCUGCGGAGUUCAUAUCCCAGCUGUACCAGCAUCCCGAGGCGGCGAACGAACCGUUCGUGGGCAUCCAUGUGUUCCAUAAGCCGGCUCUGCUUCUGAGGGACCCCGUUUUGGUCCGGAAUAUCCUGGUCAAGGACUUCGGGGCAUUCUCCAAUCGGUACUCGAACUCCGAUCACAAGGCAGAUCCCUUGGGGUCACAAAACAUAUUCUUCCUGAAGAAUCCCGCCUGGAAGGAGGUGCGACUGAAGCUCUCGCCCUUCUUCACCGGAAAUCGACUGAAGCACAUGUUCCCGCUGAUCGAGGAGGUGGGCGCCAGCCUGGAUGCCCAUCUUCGCCAGCAGCCGCUGCACAAUGAGCGCAUACGCUGCUUCGACUUGGAGGCCAAGGAGCUGUGUGCCCUGUACACCACGGAUGUGAUAGCCACUGUGGCGUACGGAGUAAAAGCAAAUAGUUUCACGGAUCCCAAUGGGGAGUUCCGGCGGCAUGGGAGAUCCGUCUUCGAGUUCAGUCUCCUGCGGGCGGCGGAGUUCACCCUGGUGUUUUUCCUGCCCCACCUGGUGCCCUUCUUCGGCUUCAAGGUGGUUCCGGCGGAGGCCACACGAUUUCUGCGCAAGACCAUCAACUACGUGAUGGCGGAGAGGGAGAAGUCCGGACAGAAGCGCAACGAUCUGAUCGACAUCCUCAUCGAGUUCCGACGCAGCACACAACAGGCGAAGGCUUCGGGCAUCAAGGAUCAGUUCGUGUUCGAAGGCGACAUCCUGGUGGCCCAGGCCGUGCUGUUCUUCACCGCCGGCUUCGAGUCCUCCUCCUCCACGAUGGCGUUUGCCAUGUACGAGUUGGCCAAGGAUGCGGACGUGCAGGAGAGAUUGAGGGCGGAGAUCAGCAAUGCCCUGGUUGAAAGUGGUGGACAGGUAACGCUCAAAAUGAUCGAGUCGCUGGAGUACAUGCAGAUGAUCCUGCUGGAGGUGCUGCGCAUGUAUCCUCCACUGCCUUUUUUGGACCGUGAGUGCACCUCCGGAACAGGUCAGUCGCUGGCUCCGUUCCACAAUUUCGUGGUGCCCAAGGGUAUGCCCGUCUACAUUCCUUGCUAUGCCCUACACAUGGAUCCCCAGUACUUUCCCCAACCGCGAAAGUUCCAGCCGGAAAGAUUCUCGGCUGAAAACAGGAAGCUGCACACGCCGUACACCUACAUGCCCUUUGGCCUCGGUCCGCAUGGAUGCAUCGGAGAACGGUUCGGCAUGCUCCAGACGAAGGUGGGUCUGGUGAACCUGCUGCGCAACCACCUGAUAGCCACAUCGGAACGCACCCCCCAUCGCAUGCAACUGGAGCCCAAGGCCAUUAUCACCCAGGCCAAGGGGGGAAUCCACCUGCGAUUGGUACGCGAUCCUUUGGGGGUCUAACUCACCUGGACAAG